ACUUCUACGAAUGGGGAUGCUGUUCAUGUACAGAUUUCGUCGUCUGAUUUCACAGAACUGGUGAAGGAAAAUGUAGCGAUCGUUGACAAAACUGCAUUUAUUGGGCUUGCAUUGACAGGAAAUCGCUUUAAACUUAUAACAAGACCUCGUCGUUUUGGAAAAACGAUGAAUCUCUCUAUGCUGAAAGCAUUUUUAAGUAAGGACUCUCUUGUAACGUCCCAAAACCUAUUCGCAAAUUACAACAUUACUAAGGAGCCUGCGUUCGAACAUGUAAGGAGGAAUCAUCAAAACCAAUACGCAGUGUUUCACUUUUCUUUUUUAAGAUUUGCCACAAAACGUACAGCUUCGAAAUUUGAAGCCGAUUUCUUACAUUAUAUUAAGUUUGUAUUGUAUCGAUAUGUUGGCAUGUAUGAAACGACAUUAAAUUCUCGAGAUAAAGUAUGGUUAGAGCGCCUUUUCCUUCAACAAAAGAUCGAUUCAUUGCCGCCUUUGCUGGAUGGAUAUGCAAUCUUGAUAGAAUCACUUAGAAAAAAAGGUUACCAAAUCGCCGUCUUGAUUGACGAGUAUGAUACUCCGAUUUUAAAUACACUUGAACAGGAAAUACGAACAUUAGAAGCAGGGAAAGAUCUCACCAACAGUGAAUUAUAUUCAGUAACUCUCGAACUGAUGAGAGAGUUUUACCUUUUCUUUUUCAAGGAUGGGAUCAAACCCAGUCCUGAUAAGGGAAUUCUCGUCGGGAUUAGCUAUCUGGCGAAAGCCAGUCUAUUCUCCGAUUUAUCAAAUUUUGAAGAGUUUACCAUAUUUAACGACCAGACGUUCAAUUCCUUGUUUGGAUUUACCAAAAUCGAAGUUGAUGACUUAAUUAUCAAAUCAAAAACUCAAUUGAAGUACAAGGACUUCGACGAAUGGUAUGACGGGUACAAGUUCGGUGAUGCAAGUAUAUUUAAUCCGUUUUCUGUGUUAUCGGCAAUAUCGCAAAACGAAUUCGAAACUUUCUGGGGGCAAACGGGAUCGCUCAAACUCUUCAAGAGUCUAAUUUCUUAUUCCGGUAGAAUCGGAAUACUACAUAUUCAUUUACUACUGUCUGGGUACGCAUUAGAAAAAACAAUCGAAAAGGAUUUGGUGGUCGAAGACUUGUUUAAAAAAGAAGAAACAUAUUGGAGUCUUCUGGCCCAAGCGGGAUAUUUAAAUGCCGUAAAAACAAAAAAAAAAGACGUUUUUAAACUGAGAAUCCCGAACAAAGAAGUUGAGGACUAUAUUAAAAAAGCAUUUGAACCAGAGUUGAGAAAAGAACAGGAAGAAUAUGACAAAUUCUUAGAAGCUUUCAAGGGCCUACAGAAUGGAAACGAAAGUAAUCAGAAUGAAAGCAAAAGUAUUCAGAAGUAUCUCAAUAUUCACUACAACUCUCCCAGCCCUUACUUCCGCUUGGAUUUGAAUGAAUCAAUGAAAAGAUUUGGAAAGGAUUUGGAAACGUUGUUGACCGGAGUACCAAAGGACAAUAUCGUCUCGGAAAUUUUCACACAGAAUUGCCAAGAAAUUUACGAAGCCCUAGUUAUAACAAAUGACACCAUUAUCAUUAUUGAUCUUGUGAAGAUGGACGCCAUCACUAAUGAGACCGCUCCGGAACAGCAUUUGCCUACAUUCAAAAAUCACUCCACUGUCUUGGAAAAGCUGAAGGCGUCAAAAUAUUAUAAAAUAGGUAUAUGGAUUUGGAAGGGUAUCGAGAAGAUUGCAGUCGAAGUAAUAGUAGACAUGAUUAAAUCACACAUGUAAAUACACCGAAAAAAAAGGAAAUGUGGUUUCUACUAAACACAAAAUGUAAAAAUUGGCCUCUUAAAUUCGGCUGAAUCAUGUGAAUCGGUUUAUAAUUCAAGAAAGCAAAUUUGUUGAAUUAUCAAAUCACUUUUUCCUAGAAUUAGCAUUUUAGUUAUUUUGCUAAAAUAUGAAGAAAAUUGUUAAUUUAUCACUACAAAUGAUAAUUAUAUUGGACAUUAGUUUGUUUUUAAAGCUUUUUGCGGUAGAUAUAUACUCAAGCGGACUUGAUAUUAUAAACGAACAAGAAUUGCUGAAUCCUAUAAAGAAUUGUGUUAAUUUAGGCGAUUAAGACUGAUAUAAUAACGAAACGUAAUUGAAAUACUCAGAAACAGUUUUGUAAAAUUCGCAAAACUACGAUUUGCGUUUUUAUCAAAGGUGAAUUUUGCAAUUUUUAAGGAACGAAACUUGAUAUUAUUACAGAACAGGUUUUGAAGUUUCCUCAAAGCCGUGCUCUAAAAUUUUCAAAUAGAGUUUCGUAACAACUGAAAAAUGGCAUUUGUAUGAUUAGAAUAACGAAUUGAUGCUUUCUCAAAAUUAAGGUGAAAUAUUCUCCAAAUAUUUUCGUAAAUUUUUUAAAUCUUGCUUUGAUCAAACAAAAAACAUGCAUUUUGGAAAUCCGAAGAAUUUUUUUUUUUUUGUUUAUUAGAGAAAUAGACAACUACAUACAAACGUGUUAAGCCUAAUUAUGCUAGAUUAAAUUAUAAAAGAACAAUGAUAAUGGGUGGAAUGGGGAGGCCAUUCCUAUCUAUGUACAAAGAGUAUAGGUGCUAUAUACUAAGAUUUGGUUAAUUAUGACAAAAAUAUGUUAUCGAUAUUUAAAUAAUAUAAUAUAUACACUUGAGUAAAUGGA